UGAUAACCCAUCAUCUCGGACCUUACAAACUACAGUUUAGUGUUGAGAAAAGAGUUCAAAACUAGGGAUCUCAUCUUCUUCGAGGAGUGGGUUUAUUGUUCGAGGGGUAAGGCAAUGAGUUUUAGAGGCUUUGUCCCUUUCUUGUGUCUAUUACUCAUUGCUGCCUGUACCGCAAGGCCUUUCUAUCCACUUCCUAGUAAAAUAGCCCAUCGAAAUAGAAAGCCUCUACAAACCUCGCGUCCGUAUAAUAUCGCACAUCGAGGUUCAAAUGGAGAGAUCCCCGAAGCAACGGCUGCUGCAUACAUGAGAGCUAUUGCAGAGGGUGCAGACUUCAUAGAAACAGAUAUCCUAUCAUCUAAAGAUGGUGUCCUUAUAUGUUUUCAUGAUGUCACCCUCGACGAGACAACUGAUGUCGCAGAUUACAAAGAGUUUGUGAAUCGUAAAAGGACCUAUGAUGUUCAAGGGGUCAACACGACAGGCUUUUUUCCUGUUGACUUCACUCUACAGGAAUUAAAGAAGUUACGGGUCAAGCAGCGGUACAAAUUCCGGGAUCAGCAGUAUGAUGGAAUGUUCCCGAUUAUCACUUUUGAGGAGUUCAUUUCGAUUGCGCUAGAUGCACCGAGAGUUGUUGGAAUUUAUCCUGAGAUUAAAAAUCCAGUGUUAAUCAACCAGCAUGUAAAAUGGCCAAACGGAAAGAUAUUUGAGGACAAGUUUGUGGAGACACUCAAGAAAUAUGGAUAUAAAGGUUCAUACAUGUCAAAAGAUUGGUUGGAAAAACCUUUAUUUAUACAGUCCUUCGCUCCAACUUCACUUGUAUAUGUAUCGAAUCUUACCGACUCGCCAAAGAUCUUCUUGAUCGAUGACGUUACGAUCCCGACUCAGGAUACUAAUCAGUCAUACUGGGAAAUUACAUCGGAUGAGUAUCUCGACUUCAUUAAGGAAUAUGUGAUCGGCAUUGGACCUUGGAAAGAUACAGUGGUUCCUGUAAAAGACAACUACUUACAAGCACCAACGGAUCUCGUGGCCCGAGCACACGCCCGAGAUCUGCAGGUUCAUCCAUACACCUACCGCGAUGAAAACUCGUUUUUACAUUUCGACUUCCAUCAAGACCCGUACCAGGAAUAUGACUAUUGGUUGAACAAGAUCGGAGUCGACGGUUUGUUUACGGACUUCACCGGGAGCCUCCAUAACUUCCAGGAAUGGACGUCGCCUCUAUCACGAAAUGAUGGAAAGAAUAAGGGUAAGGCAUCUCAAUUGGUGGAUAAAAUUGCAUUGUUGAUCUCUUCGUAUAAAAAUGGAUGAGAUGAUAGAUUACAUUCAUAUAUUUUAUUGAUGAUAGAUUGUAUUUCAUCCUUUUUUUUAUGAACAUAUUGUCUCGUUUUUCUACUGCAACUCGAACGUAUCUAUAUGAUUCUCAUUCUAAA